CUGUACCGCGCGUUACUCGACGGCCUCGACGCGCGAGGGAAGAAUUCACUUCGUUACGGAUCUUCGUCAGAGACGAUUGUCAGGUGCACGAUGAAGUCUCACAAGAGCUUGGGUACCGGCGGACUGUGGGGAGAGUUGCCAGCGCGGGAGAUGCUCAAGCAGGAGGUGAUAACGCCGGAUCUGAUUGAAAACGUUUGGCGACAGGUCAUGGACGACUCGAACAGCACCGACUGUGACUACCGGAAUGAUCGGCAACCCGAAUACUUGGAAUUACCAAUGGGAAAUCUACACGUAUUGAACACUAUAAAUCUUCAUCAACAAUUACGUACAAUGGAAGAAGGAACCGUGCUAGAGAACAUGACUGUAAUCGAGUCGCAGGAUUCAAAGGCUACACCUUCCAGAGGUCUAUUUCACUUUAUGCCUUAUCAGUCACGAAGAACCAUGUUUAAGGAUAAUUCUAUCGUACAUCACCUGACGCCGCAAACUGCACGAAAUUUGCUCAGGCACGCCGUGACUACUUUAUUAGCGCACAUAGGAUUCGAGAGCUCGUCGGAUGUAGCUAUAGAGACCCUCACCGAUGUCGCGGAUCACUUUCUGAGGCGGAUGACUCUUCUGUUGAAAGCGGCGACUGAACAGAGGGAUCACGGAUUUCCUGAUGCCGUGGAGAGAGUGCUGCUGGAGACAGGCGUGGGAGGCGUGUCGGCGUUGCACGACUACUACCAGGAGUACGUCUUGAAGUUCGAGGAGAACACGAGGAGGAAGGUCGAGGAAACGAUGGAGAAACAGAGAAUGGUCCUGGAUGAGGCGGCCAGCAAGCUGCAGUUUGAAAAGCUGGACGAAUUCGGCAACGUGUACCGGGAGGUCCCGACGUUGCAGCUGCUCGAUCCCGAAAUGGGCUUUCCGCCCAGCCUGGACGCAGGCUUCCAAAUGCUCUAUAGCCUCGAACAGGACGAGUAGGCUUCGUCUGGUCGCGGCCGGACCAGAGUGAUAAUCCUUGCUGCUCCCAGAUUGAAUAGCGUGGAAGAGAAGAAGGUGAACGUGAGCGAUUUCCUGAGCGCGGGGCAGCGGUCGGACGCAUCUGCGAAUAAAGAGAGAUGCUGACGAUGUCUCAUAUAUAUAAGAUUUAUGUAAACGGGAUAACAUUACAACGUAACUCCCGUCACGUCUGUCGUCUCGAUACCGAAAUAAAGAAUUCCGUUUUGUUCUCUUAGA